AAGUCAAAACUCUGCAGAAGGGCAACAGGCAGGGAGUGUCUCUGAAAAGUCCAGGCCAAGGAGGGAGCAAAGAUCUGUGUCUUGUGAGUUGGUGGGGCAGAGAGACAAUUUCCUGCCAGCAGGGCCCUACCUCUAGAAAUGCUUGAGAAUCUGCUCACAGCUCUCACGCUUUGAUUUCACCUUCACCAAAAUCCACACCAUAUCUCAGAAGAUCCAGAAUAUAAGAGAAGUGUGCAAGACCUGUAGAGCCAGGAGCAGCCACCUCCUUGUACACAGGCUCACAUCAGCUCUAUUUCCAUUCCUCUGGAAUUGUUGGAUGCUUCAUCUCCAUCUGUAGAUCCAAUAUCGGAGCUUCUCAGGAAAAGUCGUGGCCCCAUCCAGUAGGACCAAAAUGAUGAAAGAGAUGGCUACUUGCUCCAUCUGCCUAAACCUGAUGACAGAGCCAGUGAGCAUCAGCUGUGGACACAGCUACUGCCAGGUAUGCAUGGAGCAGUACCUUUCCCAGGUACCCAGAAGUCAGGGGCAGAGGAUGUUCUGUCCUCUGUGUCAGGCCUCAUUUCAUAUAGACAGCAUCUGGUCCAAUAAACAGCUGGGAAAUCUCAUAGAGCUCAUCAAGAAGAUGGAGGAUGCAGAGGAUGAGCUGGUGUGUGAGCCCCACAGACAGUGGCUCCAUCUUUUCUGUGAAGAAGACAGCCAGCUCAUCUGCUGGUGCUGGGGACCGCAGCACCAAGGGCACGUCACGGUGCUGGUGGAGGAUGUGUGCCGGGGCUACAAGGAUGAGAGAGAAGCUCAGAGACAAAAAAUCAAGUCUGAUUUUGAGAAUCUCCGUACAUUUCUACAUGAGGAGGAGAAAUCCUGUCUCUGGAGGCUGGAGAAAGAAGAAGGGCAGAUCCUGAGCAGACUGAGGGAGAGUGAGGCCAACCUGCAGCAGAAGAGUGAUGGGCUCAAGAGCCACAUCCUAGAACUGGAGGCAAAAUGUCAGAGCUCUGCCCAGAAAGUACUAGAGGAUGUGAAAGGCACCUUGAGCAGGAGAUUUACCACCUUCCCCUGUGUGCUGGGCUGUGAGGGCUUCACCUCAGGAAAACAUUACUUCAAAGUGGAUGUUGGAGAAGGAACACCUUGGGAUGUGGGAGUCUGCAUGGAUAAUGUAGAGAGAGGCCUCAGCAUGAAGCAGAAGCCUGAGUUUGGAUUCUGGGCCAUCCAGCUGUGUACAGAGAAUGGCUAUGUAGCACUGACCUCUCCCCACACUGCCCUUAAGCUGCAUGAGCGGCCCCUGGUGGUGGGGGCUGUUCUGGACUAUGAGGCUGGAGCUGUGUCCUUUUACAACAUGACUGGUGGCUCCCACAUCUUCACCUUCCCCAAGGCUUCCUUCUCUGACACUCUGCAACCCUAUUUCCAGGUUUAUCAAUAUGGACCUUUGUUCCUGCCUUCAUGCAGUGAGUAAGCAUAGAAGCAAAGUCUCCUUAUUUUAAGCCGACAGAAAAUGUGUAGAGCCCAUAAAGGCAAAAAUUUGGUCAGUUUUCUUCACUACUAUUUCUUCAGUACCUAGAACAGGGCUGGACUUUUAGAAGACAUUUAAGAAAUCUAUACUGAAUUAAAGGCUAUAAAGACUGUAAGAAUACCACAGAUGGUCAGUCUGACUGAGAGGAAAGCAAGAUAAUGUGACAAUCUGACAUUAUCCUCUGAAUCUCUCUCCACUGGGUUCAGUUCUAUGAUUUCUGGUAGUCAUUGGUUGAUGAUUUGGGUAACCUUGAGCCUAAGAGCUCUGUAUUCCUUCACCUUUUUUUCAGCCAUUUAGACUCAUGUGUGAGAAAUGAAAGACACUCCAGAAAAGAGCAGGAAAAUCCAAAUAGCAGUGGCUUCUCAACCACUGACAUAUUCAUUAAUAAUGUCCACUGCAAAGAGUGGACAUAGAGUCUGCUAAACCUAGUGAGCUUCCCUGGAAAUCACCAAGUAACAUGUGAGAGAAGAGAAAAACUCAGUUUACCAAGAGAUGCUUCAAAUGGAAAGUGGAAUGUGAUUAAAUAAUUAAUUUUCAUAGGGGACUUAGUUCUGGAAAAGACAGAGAAGUUGGUAUUUUCUGGAUUGUGCUACAGCCACCUGUUUUGAAAUAUAUUUAAAUUUUAGUAAAUAGUAUUUGCAGGAAUGAUUGUCAGCAGUCUUUGUUAUGACUCAGAUAUGGCAAAAUAGUACUUAACCCAAUAGUAAGUGUAUCAUGAAAACUAAAAUCAAUCAGUUUUGCAUGGUUAUACAUGAGUGGGUUAAUGACAGGACCAUAGUGAAGUCAACCAAAGGACAAACAGCAUUAGUAUUGAUGACUGAAGUCCAAAGUCACUAAAUAUUACAAUAAUUUGUUGCUGAUAUAAAAUUGAGGUUUGCUGAUAUUGUUGAAGUCCUCUGAUGACAUCUCUGUAAGAACAGGAGGAAUAAAGCUAGAGGUGUUUCUGGACAUCAGAGGCAUGUUGGGGUCUCCAUAUUUGCCCAAAGAGACUUAGGAGAAUUUAUAAAGAUUUCCCACAUUUCAGAAAGGACAGAUGAUAAUCACCAGAGACUCCAGCUUGGAGUGAGGAUCAGAGGAAACUUCAUUACAAACCUUGUAAACAGCAGGCUUUACCUACCAUUAGCUUUCCUAUAUAUUUGCCCUCCCACAAUUUGUCAUCCUAGAAACACAAAGUCCUUUUUUUGCCUUGUCUCCUCUCUAUCAAUGUAUUUUCUUUUGUUAAAAUGCUCUGUAGCCCAAUUUCUAACACUUCUUUGCAUUACUUAUCCCUUGAGUAUUCUCCUGUGUAUAUCUGAUGGGCAUACUAAUAAAUUUCUGUUUGGUGCUCU